AUGCAAUUCGAAGGACCGAAUGAAAAAGCACCAAUUGCACCAAUGCCAAUAUCACAAUUGACAAGCAAACAAGAUUAUGCACCUAAUAAUAAUGUAAAAAAAACAAGAAUAACACUUCUUAUUCUUCUGGCAGUUCACAUGGUUUUGGCUUGGCUCUAUUUUAUUGAACAUAUUGUUGGCCUCGCUAAAUAUUAUGAUGCGUCCAAAGAAAUUCGCGAUCAUGAGGCAGCCUUUCCAUAUAUUAGCAAUGUAAUUUCUGGUGCAGUAUUGAUACUUUAUUUAAUUAUUUACAUUAUUGUUGUAGUUCAAUAUAUGCGCAUUGGAAUUCUUAUUUUUGCAUGGUUGGGUAUACUUGAAUUACUGGGUCUCGUGCUUGUCAUUGUUUUUGCAAUUAUUGCAAUUGUAGCUUUUUCAACUACAUCACAUUAUGCUGCUGUUGGAAUUGUGUUUAGUGUGAUUCUACUGAUUAUAGCCAUUUUUACGUUUAUUUUUACAAUGCUGACAGUUAUCUUUUCAUUUAAAUUGGCUAAACUAAUCAAGAUUCAACACACUUAUCAAUUAAUAUAA